UGUCCCAGCAGCGGCUUCAGUGGAUCCAAUGAGGUGACGCCGCGUUCCGGGCCCGACUGCCGAGAGCAAGCCGGUGAUAAGGGGAACUAAAAACUACCAAGUGUGACAACAAAGAGGCUCAGAAUCAGCUCCAAAAGAGCAAAACUAAUCUCAGAAGCCGCCCGGAGGAGUACACCCUGUUGGUAGCCCCUUCACAGUUUCAUUUGUCCCGGCGGAGUGAAGCUCAUCAUGGGGGGGAGGAAGCUGGCAUUGGUUGCUCUCUUCUGCCUUGUUCUGGCAAUGUUGCCUUCUCACACAGCGACUGUAGCUGUCAUGUCAGUUGACCUGGGCAGUGAGUGGAUGAAAAUGGCGAUAGUGAAACCCGGUGUGCCGAUGGAGAUUGUUCUUAACAAGGAGUCGAGGAGGAAAACACCCACUGCUGUGUGUUUGAAAGAAAAUGAAAGACUUUUUGGAGACAGUGCAUUAGGAGUGUCUGUGAAGAACCCCAAAACUGUCUAUAGACACCUGCAAAGCCUCCUGGGCAAGAAGCACGACAACCUCCAGGUGGCGCUCUACCAGAAACACUUCCCUGAGCACCAGCUGCAGGAGGACCCAGUCAGAGACACCGUUUACUUUAAAAACUCACAAGAACAGCAGUACACACCUGAGGAGCUCCUUGGGAUGAUGCUUAAUUAUUCUUGUGGACUGGCUCAGGACUUUGCAGAACAACCAAUCAAAGAUGCAGUAAUCACCGUCCCAGCCUUCUUCAACCAGGCAGAGCGCAGGGCAGUCCUGCAGGCUGCACAGAUGGCAGGUCUAAAGGUCCUUCAGCUCAUCAACGACAACACAGCCGUGGCCUUGAACUAUGGGGUCUUCAGGAGGAAAGAUAUCGACAACACAGUCAAGAAUGUGAUGUUUUAUGAUAUGGGCUCAGGCAGCACAACUGCCACCAUCGUCACAUAUCAGACAGUCAAAACCAAGGAGUUUGGCACCCAGCCCCAGCUGCAGAUCCGAGGUGUCGGGUUUGACCGUGGGUUGGGGGGCUUUGAGAUGGACCUGAGACUCCGGGACCAUUUGGCCAAACUGUUCAACGAGCAGAAGAAGAGUAAGAAGGAUGUGAGGGAGAACCACCGGGCCAUGGCCAAGCUCCUAAAAGAGGCUCAAAGGCUCAAGACAGUGCUAAGUGCAAAUGUGGACUUCAUGGGCCAGGUGGAAGGUUUGAUGGAUGACAUUGACUUCAAAGCUAAAGUGACCAGAGCUGAGUUUGAAGCGCUGUGUGCUGAUCUGUUUGAAAGAGUGCCUCGGCCGGUGCAGGACGCCCUGACUGCUGCAGAAAUGAAGCUGGAUGAAAUUGAGCAGGUGAUUUUAGUUGGUGGCUCCACUCGUGUCCCCAAAGUUCAGGAAGUGCUGCUCAAAGCUGUGGGGAAAGAGGAGCUGGGGAAGAACAUCAAUGCAGAUGAAGCAGCAGCCAUGGGCGCUGUGUACCAGGCUGCUGCCCUCAGCAAGGCCUUCAAGGUCAAACCUUUCCUGGUCCGAGACGCAGCUGUCUUCCCCAUUCAGGUGGAGUUCACCCGUGAGACGGAGGAAGAGGGGACCAAAACCGUAAAACACAACAAACGUAUCCUCUUCCAGAGGAUGGCGCCGUACCCCCAGCGCAAGGUCAUUACAUUCAACCGCUACACUGAUGACUUUGCUUUCGACAUCAACUAUGGCGACCUCAGCUUCCUGUCACAGGAAGACCUCAGUGCAUUUGGCUCUCUGAACCUGACCACAGUCAAGCUGUCUGGAGUGGGCACCAGCUUUCACAAGCACACAGAUGCUGAGUCUAAAGGCAUCAAAGCCCAUUUCAACAUGGAUGAAAGUGGAGUACUCCUGCUGGACCGGGUGGAGUCUGUCUUUGAAACUAUUGUGGAGGAGAAAGAAGAGGAAUCUACAUUAACUAAACUGGGAAACACCAUCUCUACCUUGUUUGGAGGAGGAUCCUCCGAACCCGCCUCGAAUGGAACCGAACCUGUCCAGGAUGAGGAGGAAGUGCCUCCAGAGUCUGGAAAUGACGGCAAGGAUGAGGACAGUAAGGACGAGGGCCAGAAGGACGAGGCUGCCAAGAAGAAGCAGGAUGAACCGGAGAAAAGUGCAGGAGAGGAGAAAAGCCAGGAGAAGACAGAGGAUGCAGGCAGCAAGACUGAAAACAAGGAGGAAAAGGAAGGAGAGAAAGCAGAAACUGCCGAGGCAGAGAAGGAGGUGGAGAAGAAGGCAAAGCCUCAGAAGAAAAGCAAGAUCUCUGAAGACAUCACAGUGGAGCUCAUCAUCAAUGACGUCCUUAACCCCUCUGCUGAUGAUCUCGCUUCCUCCAAAAAGAAGCUGCAGGAUUUGACAGACAGAGACUUGGCCAAACAGGAAAGAGAAAAGACACUCAACAGUCUGGAAGCUUUUAUCUUUGAGACGCAGGACAAACUGUACCAGGAUGAAUACCAGCUGGUGGUGUCAGAGGAGGAGAAGGAGCAGAUCUCCGCCAAGCUGAGUGAAGCAUCGGCGUGGAUGGAUGAGGACGGCUAUGCAGCCACCACCAAGCAGCUGAGAGAGAGGCUGUCUCAGCUGAAGAGCCUGUGCAAGGACAUGUUUUUCAGGGUGGAGGAGCGACGCAAGUGGCCGGACCGCCUGGCCGCUCUGGACAGCAUGCUUAACACCUCCAGCUUCUUCCUGAGGAGUGCUAAACUGAUUCCAGAGGAUGACCAAAUCUUCACAGAAGUUGAGCUGAAUAUGUUAGAAAAAGUCAUCAAUGAGACAACGACAUGGAAGAACGAGACCGUAGCCGAGCAGGAGAAACGCUCUCCAAAGGAGCGGCCAAUCCUGCUGUCCAAAGACAUCGAGUCCAAGCUGGCUCUGCUGGAUCGAGAGGUCAACUACUUGCUCAACAAGGCCAAGUUCGCCAAGCCGAAGGAUAAAGCGAAAGCCAAGAACAGCACCAGCUCUGAUAAAAGCAGCAAGGCCAACAACACAGCCGAGGAGAAAGUCAUCCCUCCCACAGAGGAGAGCACAGACAAAAAGAGUGAAAGUCCAGAGGAGGUGCAGCCGGGCGACGCCCCACCCACUGAGGAGAGCACCACACACACAGACUCAGACAGCCAAUCACAGCCCACAGAAGAAACAACAACUACAGGUCGGUCUGCCAAACCAGUAGCUGAUGAUGCUGGAGAACUUUAGGGACCAACGGAGAAGGCCCAACCUGAGAACCACAUAGAGGAUGAAUUAUAACAGCUGGAACUGAGAAAAAAUCACUAUAUUUAUUGACAGUGUAUAAAUGUUCAAGUUCCCCCUCGCUUUUUUUUCAGUUUUUUUUUUUUUUUUUUUUUUUUUUUUUUUUGUUUUGUUUUUCUUUCAUUUUUUUCUUUUUUGUCUUUAUGUCCCUGUUUGUUGAACUGCUGGAAGCUGAUUGGAUAAGGAUUGGAGACCACUCAUCUUUUCCCCCCUUCACCUCCUGUGCUGUUCAUCUCCUCUGUCUUUAAUGGACUCUUAUACACCACAAAGAAGCAGUUUAACAAAUAGAAAUCCCAAGACUACAUCUGUGCCAUGACAGAUGCUGGGUCAAGACAAAAUAACUUUCCACGUACAACAAAUGAUGACAUCGAUGCUGAUACAGAGAGGUGUAACCGUGUUUGGCCACUGAAAUAACUAAAUGAACAUUUGACAAAGAUGAGUGCUGUUAUACUCUGAUAUGUCAUUCAUGAAUGAUUCAUGUGUCUGUAUCCUCAACCAUGGUGUGUUGUUUUGAGGUUAGUAUUUGUCCUAACGCCCGCAUCCUUUACUGACUUCAUAGCCGCUGAGUUAGUGCACAACUUGUUGGUGUUGAUCACAACAGAGGAUUAGGUGGCUUUGCAGCUGGUUUAAGGCCCUUUGGAGGAUUCUCCCAUAAUAGAUUUUUUUUUUUUCAAUUGUGAAUGAAUUUGGCCUAUAAAUUGUAGACUAGUAGUGGUAGAAAACAUGACAAACACACACAUGUGGAAUAUUUAAAACAAAAACAGAAAUAUUUGAAUGGAAAGCAUCUUUAAUCUGGUAAAUCAUAGCAUUCACUAUAAAUCUGUCUUCAUCAUAACUGUUGAUGGUGUGGCAUGGCACAAUUUGGAAUGUCAUACUGCAAUUACUGAGUGGGCUUUUAGAAGCAGUAACUCAACAGUGGUUGUCAAAUUAGAAAGACUAAAAUCUACUAAUACAUGUCAUUUAUGGAGAAUACAUCUUAUGUAACAGUAUGAACGUGGAACUACCUAUUUUGUAAGUGUAACUACUGAAGGUGUGUCCCUCAGUCAGAAGCCACUUUCACUUCGUUUUCUGGUAUGCUUACUUGAUGACACUGAUGAAGCCCCGACAUUACAAUCUUGCUGAAGUAUAUAUAAACCACACCACCAGCAUGUAGAGUUUUUUUUAAUUAUUGAAUGAAUAGAAGCAGAAGCAUUGUUACUGCUCCUUACAGAGCUGCAUCAUGCAGCAGGUAGUGUUGGAGAUGGACAGCUCAGGUGCUCCUGUAUGUGUGGACUAGUUAUAAAACCGAGCUGCCAAAUAGGGAUAUUUAAACACUUAAACCAUGUCUCCACAUUGCUACUUUCAUCACUCUUCUGACCCAGCUGGAUGAACUAGUAUGACUUAGUUUUUCUACUGAUGCCAAUUCAAUCUUUGAAAAGUGCUUGAAUGUGUUCCGGUGACAUGUUUUCAAAGUCUCAUAAGCUGCUAAACGUCGUAGAAGAGGUGGUGUAUUAGUGUUGUCACUGUUCUUUACCUCGACAUACCCUGUGGUGCAGAUUCUUGCUCAGAUGUUGGGGCUGUUUUUCCAACUGGGUUGGGAGGGAGGGGCUGGGGGGGAUUUGAAUCAGGACUUUGCGUCAGCUGUGUGCUUAUAUGUGUGCAGCACUCUGGAUCAUUUGGAGGGGGGAACUGAAGAAAACAAAAAGUCAGGAAUGAGAGAUGCAAACAAUGUUGUGUUUCUAAACUGUUAAUAAAAAACCUUUUUCGUUUUUAA